AUGCAACUUGCACAGCGCCAGGCCGGACCAUAUGGGCUACAUCGCAGCCCCGUUGCUCAGCUACGGCGCGCUCUGGUGCAAGCUCAUGCCAGCACAACCUCGCAAGUGGAUUCAAUCAAGCAAGAACUUCUAGGAGUGGUAUCCCGGACGAGCCGAGGUGUGAGCACUGGCCCAGCAGACCUAAGUUUAAUCCAGGACGCGGUAGCACAGCUGCGCCGCGCAGGCGAAGGCUUGGAGACGACUGGGCCAGCCCAGUCGGGUACAUGGGAGCUCGUAUGGACUUCCGAAAAGGAAACCCUCUUCAUCCUCGAACGCGCUCCGCUAUUCGGGACACAGGCAGGUGCAGUUUAUCAAGUCAUCGACACUGGCAAGAGCAGUAGCAGCCAGGGCAGCUACUUGCAAAACGUCAUCACCUUCCCGCCAGAAGGCGCGUUCAUUGUCGAUUCCUCUUUAAUGGUGGCGGGGCGGCAACGAGUGGAGUUCAGCUUCACGGCCGCCAAGCUGAAGCUGCCAGGCGGACGCGCGCUGGGCCUGCCGCCAUUCGGCAAGGGCUGGUUCGAUAACCUUUACCUGGACAGCGACCUGCGGGUAUCUUACGACAGCCGUGGAGACACGCUUAUCACGCGGCGUGUGGGCGCACCGCACCGCUUCACGUGA